AUGCCUCAGGCUGCGCAAUACAGGAACGGGCGCCAGAGGAGCCGGUCUCAUGAGGAAGAAUAUGUGGUCUUCUUCCAAGGAAUUCCGCCUCAAUGUCGGUGGCAAGAACUGAAGGACCUGGUUCGCCAAACGGCCUUACACAUUCGACAAUCAGUGGUUUAUGAUGACCCCCAUGGAAACCCAACAGGCCUAGGCCAGAUAAUCAUCAAAAACCAUGAUGAAGCUUGGAGAACAUACGAUCGCUUAUCCACCAACGGAUGGAAUGGUCACAGCUUGACGAUUACUUUGGCUCUGGCAAAUGCACCAACGACGCCGAUUGCUGGGCCUACUAGAAGCCCGCCUUUACAGCGAAUGCCGUUUAUGCCUGCGAAUCUCGCCCCCCCUGUUAUGACAUCGCCAACAUGUUCCAUCGGCCAUGACGUCUCACUUUCGCCGGUAUACCCACAGCCGCCAGAAUACCACCCAUUCGCUUCUCACCUUGGUCACCCGCACCUCGUUCCUCUCCACGCUGACGCUUUAGCGUAUCAAAUACCGAUGAUGGUACCAAACGACAACACUAUCCUCUUUCCCCACUUCUACCAUCCGAGUUUUACUCCCCACACCAUGGCACCGCUGCAUCAUUACCCGCCACCAAGGCCUAUGCAUCCAUUUCCACAGAGUAAGCGUAGCAGCAUUUCAACAAAUAGCAACUACAGUAUUGGCUCGAAUGCGGAGGUCAUAGCUCCUCACUCAAGGCAUCUUUUCAUACAGAACCUCAGCCCCGGCACCACUUCUCAACAGCUGAAGGAUUAUUUCCAAAUUGCGGGCGUCGUGGACGCAUGCGAGGUCCUGGAUCAGCGAUCGUUCGGACGCGCAAAAUUCUGUGCGACGGUCAGCUUCCGAAGUGAAGAUGAAGCAAGGGGGGCGAUAUCCAUGUUUGACAGCUCAGUCUUCAUGGGCUCAAGAAUAAAAGUGCGUUUUAACAGAGAGCGUAGUGGGUCUUAUAGCAGCCAGAGCAGGCAGGCCGCUCCCGUGGACGACACCAGGGUCCCUCGACAAUCUCAAACCCCGGAACUGGUGUCCAGUCCUGACAGCAUUGAUACCGCCGCUGUCGAGCUGGUGUCUCCAAGUGACGAAGAGUUGAGUCCGGGAACGAGGAGCAGUGAGCCAUUGGUGGUCAAUGGUUCAUCAUCGGGGAUGAGAACGGGCCGAGCAAAUGGAGAGGCGCAUAGAGGCGAUGCUGGCGAACUCCCAAGAUUGAUCCGGGAAGCCCAUUUGUAA